AUGCAAAGUUCAGUUUAUUUCGAUCAAACAGGGUCAUUUGCGUCCAGUAACGACAACAUCGUGUCAACUGCCACCAAUGCACACAAUAUUUCCCCCAGCCAUCGUUCCAGUUUGAAUUUGAACACGUCUUCACACCCUCAUGAAGCGCCCGGUAGAGGAAGUACCAGUGGAGACUUGUAUUUGAAUGACACGAACUCGCCCUUAGCCAUAUCAUCUAUGCUCAAUACGCUUGCUCUCGGAAGUAAUGUCAUGCCUCAGGACAUGACAAGCAGUAAUACUAAUGGCCACGAAAAUAACAUCAAGGGUAGUUACAGUCUAAAAUUGUCAAACGUACCCAAAGAUAUUACCCUUAGAGAAUGCUACGCAAUUUUUGCUCUUGCUGAGGGGGUGAAAAGUAUAGCUUUACUGAGAAGAAAUUCUUCGACAAACAUUGUUUCUGCCUCAUUGGAAGACGAACAUGAUAUGUGUAUUAUUGCUAGAUUUGAACUAUUGAACCUGGCCAUUAAUUACGCUGUUAUUUUGAAUUCGAAGAGUGAGCUAUUUGGGCCUAGUUUUCCAAAUAAAACUACCGUUGAAAUAAUAGAUGAAACAACCAAAAAUUUAGUUUCUUUUCCAUCAUCUACAAUUUUCAAUGACUCUUCGAGGUUGAAUAAACCAAACUCUGGCAUAAAAAGGCCAAGUUUACUAUCACAAAGGUCAAGAUUUUCAUUUAGUGAUCCAUUUUCCAACGAUUCUUCUUUAGCUCAACAAUCAUCCCAGCAACAACAACAAUCAUCCCAGCAGCAGCAACAACAACAACAACAACAGCAACAACACUCUUCUCAAAAACAUUCACCACAACAAUCUAAUCAACAACAAAUGAAUUCUUCAGUGCCGUUAUCUUCACAAGGACAGGUUAUUGGGUUGCAUUCUAAUCAUUCACAUCAAGAUUUGUCCGUGGAACCAUCAAUCCCAACAUCUGACAUGGGUAAAUCCUUUCUUCUAAGAGAUAACACCGAAAUAAAUGAAAAGAUAUGGGGUUCAAGUGGUAUACCAUCCAGCAUCAAUGGUUACAUGAGCACUCCUCAACCAUCUACGCCAACUUUAGAAUGGGGAAAUACUUCUGCAUCUCAACAUGGUUCUUCGUUCUUUUUACCUUCUGCACCAUCGGCAGUUAUUGCACCUACUAAUAGUAACACAAAUGCGAAUGCCAAUGCAAACCCCAAUAAUGGGGCUAGCAACACUGGCUCGAACGCCGCCCUUUCUGUCAGCUCUCAGCAGCCGAUGAUGCAAAUUGGCAAUGCAAUCAACGCUUCCUUAACCUCAUCAAAUUCAUUGCCCCCAUAUGGCCUAAUGUCUUCUCAAACGCAGCACAUGUCAAACAUGGUUAACUCUUCUGAUAUGAACCUUACACCUCAAAAGCAGAACAGAUUUAUGCAACAACCCCAACCUGAGCAUAUGUAUCCUGUGAAUCAGAGCAACACCCCUCAGAAAGCACCACCUGCAAGGCUAAGUUCAAGUAGAAAUUCACACAAGAAUAAUUCCACUACGUCACUAUCCUCCAAUAUCACCGGAUCUACCUCAAUUUCUCAAGCAGAUUUAUCGCUACUAGCGAGAAUCCCACCUCCUGCCAACCCAGCUGACCAAAAUCCGCCUUGUAAUACUCUUUAUGUAGGGAACUUACCCUCAGAUGCUACUGAACAAGAACUGAGACAGUUGUUUUCUGGCCAGGAAGGUUUUAGGAGAUUGUCAUUCAGAAAUAAGAAUACCACAUCUAAUGGUCAUAGCCAUGGACCAAUGUGUUUUGUUGAAUUCGAUGACGUUAGUUUUGCGACAAGAGCGUUAGCCGAAUUAUAUGGCAGACAAUUACCUCGCUCUACAGUAAGCAGUAAAGGAGGUAUAAGGUUGAGCUUUUCGAAAAACCCAUUGGGCGUUAGAGGACCAAAUAGCAGGAGAGGAGGUACUAAUAAUCCAAAUCCUAAUGUAAAUAUGCUUUCAAGUUAUAACUCUAAUGUUGGCCAUAUAAAGAACUAA